AUGAAGGGCCUGGGCACGCCGGGGGCGGGGGCUGCUGGGGGAAGCGCUGGGGGCGCUGGCCAGCCCCUUGAGAGCCCAGAAAAAGGCAAAGGGGAGUUGGCUGUGGAGCACACGGACUUCCGCAGGGCCAGGAGCCUCUGGCAAGAGAAGCUGGAUGGCCUUCUGGCCAAGAAGGAGCAGGAGAAGAUCCUCAUUGAGCUGCAGCAGCUGCAGCAGCUGCAGCGGGAGAACGAAAGACAGACGCUGCAGCUGCUGCGCAGCGAGGGGUAUUGCGUGGGGCCCCGGGGGAAGGCCGAGGCUUAUGAUCUGCUGCUGGCGAAGCAAAUAGAGCAGCAGCAGCAGACACAACUUGAACAAGAAAGAAGCGACGCAGCUUAUGCUGCAGCAGUGGCUCUCUGCUCCGACACGGAGAGAGAAGGCAGCAAAUAG